GAGUCGCGCGGGCUCUGGCACGAGAUAAGUUGGUGCGUUAUAACUGAAUUCUUCUUAAUAUGGUAACUGUACGGGACAAAAGAAAAAACAAGCUUCAGUUUUUCAAAUGCCCAACUUUGUAACAACAUAGUUCACUGAAAAGAGAAGGAAUCUUUCAGGACACUUUGAAGACACCUGAGAAACAAAACAAAAUGCUUUGUUGGAGGCAGGUUUGCUCGUUCACACAAAUAUAUCGCCAGGCUCGGACCCUGAGCAGUGACCUGCUUCUGAGCCAGAUAAAUGGCUGCUCCCAUGAAGAUGAACUCUUUGGUCUCGUUGGAAGGAACAAGGCCAGGCUUUCUGAAAAGCACGUGGGAAGUGCACUCAAUGUGCUGUGGCAGUUACAGAAGAAGAAGCCACUUUCAUUAAGGACUAGCAACUAUAUAAGAAAUCACUCCCAGUUUCUUACUCUUCGCAUUUUGGCAGAAAACAAAGUAGAGCAUAUGGAAAAUGAUGUCGUAGUGGACACCCUAUACAAUAUUCUGAGGCUGAACGUUGAAGACCAUGAUUCUCUAGCAGAAGCUCUUGUUACAGAAGGGUGGAAAAGAUUAGAAAGACUUAGUUUGCCAGCUCUAUCUAAAUUUGCACUGUGUUUAUACAAGCAGCACAUGCAUUUUAGUCCCUUACUUGGCAAAAUAGCUCAUAUUGUAGACACGAAAUUGGAUUCUAUACAGGAUAUAAGGGUCUUGUCCGUUUUGAUGAUCAGCAUAUCUGAUGUUGUCUCGCAGAGUUUUCGAGAUCGACUAAUACAGAAGGCCGAACAGCUCUUGGGGGCAGAGAGUGAAGUCCACUUCAACUAUGCCAGGAGAAUAGCAUUGUUUCUUCAAAAUAUUAAACUGCCACAUCGUCCAUUGCUAGAAAAAUGCAACAAAAUUUUCCUCAAAAGUGCCUGCCAUCUCGAUAUACACAAUAUUAGUCUUAUUUUUGGACUAUAUGAGCAGCUUGAUUUUGACAAUGCUGAGUUCCGCUUGGUUGCUAAACAGUUGCUGUCCAAAUCUAUAGAUGAUUACAAUGAUCCCGAAACUUUUACAAAAUUGUUUUUUGCUCUUGGGCCUAUGGCAGAACCCGCGGUAAGAGAAAGGUUGCUGGCUACUGCAGUGAGCAUGGCAGAAGAAUUUAGCAGUUAUCAAGUAUUGGUAAUACUAAAAACAAUGCAGAAGAUGAAAUGUAAAAAUUCUCAUCUACUCCAAAAAAUGGCUUCUAUUCUGCACAAACAUUUGGAUAACUAUCAUACAUUACAGUUGGUAAGGCUAACACAGUACUUGGUAUUGUUACAUUGCCACGAUCUGGAGCUGUUUGACAAACUAAAAAAGUUGCUGUUUGGUUUUUUAAAAUCUAGUGUUGUCCCUGCUGAUAUAGCAGCAAUAAUUCGUGUUGUGGCCAUGCUUCCUUCCACUCAGGUGGAGGAAAUCCUUGUAACGAAAGCGGCCGCGGUUCUGCCCCAGUGCAGGCUCCCCUGCUUGAACUGCAUCGCCGCCGCUCUUGUCAAGUGGAGCCAUCUCGGGCAGCUGCAGAGCCCCCCGGAGCGGGGUGCCAGGCUGCUGCAGGAGCUGAACCGCUGCGCCUUUGCGCGGCUUCGGGGAGCCGGCAGCCUGCACCUUCUGCUGGAAGAACUGGCCUAUGUGAACGGUGACUGGUUUGAAGAAGUCCUCUGUGGAGAAACCAUGGCUGCCUGUCAGCGCUUGGUGGACCAAGUCACGUUUGCAAAUGUGCUCCAGUUUUCUUUUUUUCUUAUGAAAGCAAAUCACCGCUCUGUUUCACUACUUGACAGAAUAGCUUCUGUGACUCUUCAAAAUAUAGACAAGAUCCAUCCCUUGGAAAUAUAUUUUAUCCUCCAGCUUUUCUCUAUUCUGAACUAUGACCCUCCUGCUCCUGAAGAGUUCUUUGAGAACUGCAUCCAGCAUCUUAUUUCUAACUUGAGUUGUUUUGAAACUCACCACUUGGUGCUGCUUGGUCAUGUUUUAGCAGUGGCUGGCUAUUUCCCUCCAGUUCUGAUCAAGAUGAUAUUUAAUGUCCCUUUCCUAAGCAAAUUGGAUGCUGAGCUUGAAGUCCUGCCUGACACCUCCAAGCAGAAGGUCCGCUUGUGCCUCAUGAAACUGAACAGAGCAGUCUGCCUGGAGUGCCCCGAGUUUCACAUCCCCUGGUUUCACGAGCGCUAUUGCCAGCAUGUCUUGCUUACAGGCAGUAGAAGAACAAGUUCACUGCGACGACACGUUCACAAGAUGCUGGCAGAGAUCUUAGGAGGAAGCCAUUACACAAAAAUAUCUGUUCUCACACCAUACUGCUAUGAAAUAGAUUUUGAAUGUAUUCUGGAUGAAAAUAAAAAACCUCUUUCCUAUAUGGCUCAGAAUAUACUUUUGGGCGAUACGGAGGGAAUGCAUUCAAAACAUGACAUCAAGGACAUGGCUCUACCACCAGGUGCUCAGAGAAUUGCCUUGGAAUUUCUUGAUGCAAAGGACUUUAGCAAGGAUUCACAUCACUUGAAAGGAGAAUCUGCAGUGAAAAAACGACACCUGGAAAUGUUGGGAUACCGGGUAGUUCAGAUUCCUCAUUUUGAAUGGAAUUCUAUGGUUCUGUCAACAAAAGAAGCACAACUGGAAUAUCUGAAAAAGCAACUCUAUGAAACACAGUGAUGCACAAGACAUGUAAUCAGUUUAUCUUCUUGUACACCUGAAAUAUGUAGUUUCCAAAACCUCUUUAGGAAUUGGCUGGACCAAGGUUUGCACAAGGCAUCAGGUAUCAAGCAAUGUAAUCCUGAAUUUGCUAGGAAUUGUAAAAGUCAUAGUGGGUCAAAAAAAUGCAAUAAGGAUGUUUAAAAUCUGUGGAAGUUUAAGUUUAGUUUAAGUAUAUGGGUCUGUGACAAUGCUGCCAUAAAAUGACAUUAUUAUCUGCUGAACUUGGCCUAGGAGUCAGUUGUCUGCACAGGAUCCUGCUUUUAUAUAGACAGGCUUGAAGUAGCAACUGUGGAGCACAGGGAGGGUAGCAGUGGUUGUAGCUGAGUGAGCAGUGAUGGACGGUUGUGUGAUUGAGCUGUUUUUGAGGUGUCACUCUGUGCCAAGCCAGGUAUGUUUAAAUCAUGUAUGGA